AUGAGUUCUUCAUCGGCUACUAAGCGACAUUUUUCCGACUUGGAUAACUAUGAAGAAGAACAGCAAAAAAACGUAAAGAAGAUUAAGAGCUAUCCUCCCCCGUCAUCUUUUGCACUUCUUAUUAAUCUUAUUGACCAUCAUGUUAAAGACAAGCAGUUACUUAUUCACCGUCCUCCAGAAUGCGUUGGCCCGCCAGUGCAAAUUUAUCACGACGUUUUCAGUCAGUUCCUGCGUGAUUACCGUAAUGAAGAUCUAGAAAUGGGGAGAGAGCAUUAUGAAUGGACCCUUGAGUUCAUUAAUGGAAUGGCUGAAAUAUACCGCAGUGAACGUGAACGUUCUAUAGUGUUUAAAGAAAAAAUUCGUAAAUUAUUUGGUGAGGAAUUAAGAAUAAUUAGCCUGGAAGAUGAUUCUUCAAAUGAUGGUGUAUUGGAAUCUAACGCUAGUGCUUCUUUUGCAAAAUAUUAUACCCAAGAGACAUAUGGGGAAGUACUCAAAUGGUGCAACUGGCCAUCUUUUAUCUUGUGCUUAGCUGGACCAUGGGUGUGUAUUUUAGGGGCAGUAUAUGUUGAGAAACCCAUUGUAGAUCCCUUGACGGACUUUAUACCUCUUAUUCCCACAAACAAUCGAGCCCAUGCGGAGCGAGUGGCACGACUUUUCAAAGCUUUGUGCUUGGGAGUCAACAGGCUAAAAGAGUAUUAUGUAUCGCUAGAUAUACCUACAAAUCGACAAAAUUCAUACCGAUUUUUUCCCUAUCCGAAUCAAUACAAACACCAAGAUACAAUCGUAGAAUUUACAUAUGAAGGAAAACUUGUUGAUCACAAGCUUCUUUGGAGAGCCAUAACAAAAGACGGGCGGAAAAUUAUUGUUAAGUUUGCGUGGCAGUAUAAUCGUAGGGCACACGAACUAUGUAGCGAAAUUGGAAAAGCACCAAAAUUACUCUACAUUAACAAAGAGAUGGUGGACGGUUUCUAUAUGGUAGUGAUGGAUUAUGUUGAGGCCGAACCACUUUAUAACUGUAGCUCACUUAGUCGUGAUGAAUAUAAAACGAUUUUAAAAGAUGUCAAAAAAGCUAUAGACAAAUUACAUGAGGAGAAUAUUGUUUUUGCUGACCUCCGUGAUUCCAACAUUUUAGUUAAUAAAUCUAAAGGUCAGUAUCAAGGAAUGUUGAUAGAUUUCGAUUGGGCAGGUAAAGAAGAAAUCGAGUGCUAUCCAUCUUUCAUGAAUCAUAAACAUAUUAAUUGGCCACCAGGGGCUGAAGAUAGGAAGAAACUGAAUCGUAAACACGAUGUUUAUUGGUUGGAGCUGUUGAAAUCUAAAUACUUGGGUGAGAGUGUAGACCUCGAAUGA